CAGUGCUGAAUAUACAACUGUGAGUUUCAGUUGUCCCUGAGGUGGUAGAUAGUGAAUGCUGUGGCUGAGGAGCUCAGAACCUUUUUUUACCUCCCUCUAAGAGAAGAAAAAGAAAGAGUCCUGGCCCCAAACCAGUCAAGACCUUUCUCAGGUCAGUCUUAAAUUCUUACCUCUACCAGCAGCUGCUUCUCAAGCCCUGAGGAUUUCACUGAGCCAAUUUAAUGCUGGUGGUCAGACAGUUUAAACCCAUUAGCUCCCAGCUAUCUGAAUAAUUUUCUCCUCAGAGCCCAGCGCACCAGCAGACUGCUCUAACCAGAACUGCAGAGAACUGCUACAUUAACUGGACAUUUGCUAACUGUUGUGGCCUGCGUGGUGAGCGUUUGAGGGCUGAAGAAAAUGCCACUGGCUAGAUCACUGUCCAUGACUUCUCUUAAUGGGCUUCCUCAGUGGGAGGAUGAAGACCUACCAGUGGAGGAUUUGUUGCUCUUUGAAGUUUCUUGGGAAGUUACCAACAAAGUGGGAGGCAUUUACACUGUGAUCCAGACAAAAGCCAGAACUACGGCAGAUGAAUGGGGUGAAAACUAUUUUCUGGUUGGUCCCUAUUUUGAGCACAAUGUGAAGACUCAGGUGGAAGCAUGUGAACCUCCAAACCCCGCAGUUAAGAAGGCAAUGGACACCAUGAAAAGCCAAGGGUGUCAGGUCUUUUUUGGAAGAUGGUUGAUAGAGGGCAGCCCGUAUGUCUUAUUGUUUGAUAUAGGAUCAGCAGCUUGGAAUCUGGAUAGGUGGAAAGGUGAAUUUUGGGAUGCCAGCAACAUAGGGAUCCCUUUUCAUGACCGGGAAGCCAACGAUGCUGUGAUUUUUGGAUCGUUAACAGCCUGGUUUUUAAAAGAGCUUUCCUGUCAGUUUGAUGACAAGCCCAACAUAAUUGCCCACUUCCAUGAGUGGCAGGCAGGAGUGGGUUUAAUACUGUCUCGAUCUCAGAAACUUCCUGUUGCCACAAUUUUUACUACCCAUGCGACUCUGCUUGGGAGAUACCUGUGUGCAGCCAGUAUAGAUUUUUACAACAAUCUUGACCAGUUUGACAUUGACAAGGAAGCGGGAGAGAGACAGAUUUACCAUCGGUACUGUAUGGAACGGGCAUCUGUACAUUGUGCCCAUGUGUUUACCACAGUCUCACAGAUAACAGCUAUAGAAGCAGAACAUAUGCUUAAAAGAAAUCCUGAUUUCUCUGACUCUGAAGAUGUCUACCUCUGCCUUUUCUCUGCUUUUCCAGAUGUUGUCACCCCAAAUGGCUUGAACAUUAAGAAAUUUUCAGCAAUGCAUGAGUUUCAGAAUUUGCAUUCCAUGUACAAGGCUAGGAUCCAAGAGUUCAUUCGAGGUCAUUUCUAUGGCCAUCUUGACUUCAGUCUUGAGAAGACCUUAUUUUUCUUCAUUGCUGGGAGAUAUGAGUUUUCCAACAAAGGAGCCGAUAUGUUUCUAGAAGCCUUGUCAAGAUUAAACUUUUUGCUUAGGGUUCAUAAGACUGAUGUUACAGUUGUUGUGUUCUUCAUCAUGCCAGCAAAGACAAACAAUUUCAAUGUGGAAACCUUGAAAGGACAAGCAGUCCGGAAGCAGCUCUGGGACACUGCACAAUCUGUGAAAGAAAAGUUUGGAAAGAAACUCUACAAUGCCCUGCUAAAAGGAGAAAUUCCAGACUUGAACAAGAUUCUUGACCGAGAUGAUAUAACCAUUAUGAAAAGAGCCAUCUUUUCAACUCAGCGACACUGUCUGCCUCCAGUGACCACCCACAACAUGAUUGAUGAUGGCAAUGAUCCAAUCCUCAAUACCAUCCGACGCAUUGGCCUUUUCAAUAACCGGACAGAUAGAGUAAAGGUGAUCCUACAUCCAGAGUUUCUUUCUUCAACAAGCCCAUUGCUGCCCUUGGACUAUGAGGAGUUUGUUAGAGGCUGCCACCUUGGUGUAUUUCCAUCAUACUAUGAACCCUGGGGUUACACACCAGCUGAAUGUACUGUGAUGGGUAUUCCCAGUGUAACCACAAACCUUUCUGGAUUUGGCUGUUUCAUGCAGGAACAUGUUGCUGACCCAGCAGCUUAUGGCAUCUAUAUAGUUGACAGGAGGUUCCGCUCACCUGAUGAAUCAUGCAACCAGCUGACUCAGUUCCUGUAUGGAUUUUGUCAGCAGUCCCGUCGCCAGAGGAUCAUCCAAAGAAACCGAACUGAGAGGCUGUCAGAUCUGUUGGACUGGAGAUACCUAGGCAGGUAUUACAUGCAUGCCAGACACUUGGCCCUCAGCAGAACAUUCCCAGAUAAAUUUGAGAUGGAACCAAGUGCUCCACUAAAGACGGAAGGUUUCAGGUACCCCAGGCCUUCAUCAGUGCCACCAUCACCUUCUGUCUCUCAGCAUUCCAGCCCUCACCAUAGUGAAGGCGAAGAUGAAGAUGAGGAUGAAAGAUAUGAUGAGGAUGAGGAAGCCAAAAGGGAUAGGCAAAACAUCAAGUCUCCCUUUUCCCUUGGAGUAUUGCCACAAGGAAAAAAGAAGCAGCAUGGAGAAUACAGGAACUGAAUUCAUUGCUCUCACCGUGACAAGGUCUCUCCAUCCAUUCAGCAGUUUCUCCUGUAGGCUUGGCAAGCUUUGUGUUAAGGACAGCUGAUAUAAUUAGGGGAAUCUUAAAUGUUACUUGAGCUACACUGUUGGAAAGCCUAAUAUUAUUUCACCUUGAAAGUAGUUUAAAUGACAAUUCUUCUGUGCCCCUUUGAGAUAGAAGAGAUUUCUCAAGCUUAAUAAACCUAGAGAAUGCGACAAUACCCUCAGGGGCUUAUACAAACUGCAGACCAUACCUGUGUCUACAUAAUCAUCUAUAUUAAUCAUAGUCUAUGCUGAUAGCUCCAUUAUGGAUCCCCAAAUGAAUUCCUGCUUCAUUUAUGUUUCACCUUUUCCCCUCCUAAACUAACAUGAACUUUAAGCCAGAGCUCAAAAAAUUUAGAGAAAAAAGUGUUACACUGGGGAAACCUUGGCAGGGUUAAAAAAGAUACACCGAAAAGAAAAUGGUCAUUCUUUUUCCUUAUGCUGUUUAUUGUAAGCUUACAUCAUUUAAAACAUUUUUUUUACAACACAAAGAAGUGUCUUGAUCCAGUGGUAAAAUAUACUUCCUGUGGAACCAUAUAAAGUCUUAUGCAGUGGGCAUUUGAAUUUUAGAGGCAAAUGAAGUCAUCUUUCUAAAGGUAUUUAGACCCACAAUAAACAGCAGACCAUUUAUUUUCUGA